AUGCAUGAUCGAAACAUGUAUAAAAAGCAUCCACCUGACUUUAAAAAGCUGGCUUUGAAGUAUCCAGAGUUUCGAAAGCUUUGCAAGCUGUCAACAACCGGAAAUGUAAGGGAAUUUUUCUUUAUAUUGUUUUUUUAGGUAUCUUAGUUAAUCAAUAUUACGUAGUUUUAUGAAGAUUUCUUCUGACUUAUCUGGUUUUUUUUGGACAGAUGCAUUCUUAUAUUUUCAUAAAACAAUAUGGUUUUAGGUAUCUGGUGACUUCGGAAACGAACAAUUUGUUAAGUUGUUGUCAGAAAUUCUACUAAAGAAGGAUUUUGAACUUGACGUUGAGUUUAUGUCAGGGUCGUUGAUACCUAGAAUCCCCCAAAGACUAAAUUACCUACUAUUGAUAGAUGAUAUCUUGAGGGCCAAUGGGAUUACUGAGAAUGUAACUGGCUUGGAUAUAGGUAGGUGUGUUUGAUUUUUUUAAAAUUAAGUAUAAUACGAUGAUGCAGCCAAAAUCUUAAUGUUUUUAUCUAUCUUUUAGACAUCUUUGCUAAAAAUUUUAGGUAUAAUAAUUGUAUUGUAUAUGUGAAUAUAAUAAUAAUGCUUUAGGCACAGGAGCAUCAUGUAUAUACCCAUUGAUAGGAGCAAAGUUGUUAAGGUACAGAUUCAUAGCGACAGAUGUUGAUGAAAAAUCAGUAGAAUGGGCUUGUCAACAAACAAAGAAGAAUUUUAAAUACGAUGAAAUUAGAAUAUUAUUGAUUGAAAACGAGAAGUUUUUUGAAGAACCAUUAAAACAAGUGGACAAAUUGGACUUUUGCAUGUGUAAUCCACCAUUCUUUUAUGAAUCCGAGGGAAAUUUGGUAAGAUUUCACGUGAAUUUUGAUAGCUUUAUGUUGUCGAAAAACUCAUAAAAGUUUUUCUGAAUACGCGUUUCCUAAAGUAUCAAAAGUGGUGCACGGGUCUCAAUUUAAAUAAUUUCAGAAAUUCGAGAGAAACUCUGAAGGAACUUACACUAACACAGUCGAGCCUACAGUAUCUGCGCCAAGAAGCAUUACAGUAGCGAAAGGAAACGAGUUAAUGACAUCUGGUGGUGAAGUACAGUUUGUCAAAGCUAUAGUGGAUGAAAGUGUUUUAUUCAAAGACAAGGUGAAGGUUUUUACAUCUAUGGUUGGAAAGAUCAGUAGUAUCAAGGUUCUAACAGCUUGCUUAAAGGAUGUUGGGUGUAAAACCAUUGGCAUAUCAAGGUUGUCACAAGGCAAUACUCAACGUGGGGUAUUGAUUUGGAGUUUUGACGAUAAUUUUAAGAUUGAGGUGGGUUUAGGCUUAAUUUACAUAUUUUUGACAUUUAGAAAUUAUAAUAAAGUCUUUUAUUACUUGUAUAAUAAACUUGUAUUGUUGUUUAAUUAAUCUGAUUUUGUAUUAUUUUAGGGCUACAACGUUAAAAAAGUCCUUGUUGUGGACAAAAUUAAACAAGAAACAAGUCGAAAACGACGAAAAAGGAAGCAUACUAAAGAGUAA